AUGAAAACGUCGGAAGAGCACAGAGUCGAAAAUCAAAAUUACGAAGUACGUCACAGAUGCGAUGAUUGCGUUCAUGAAAAAAUCAGAGAUCAUGAAUGUAAAGAGUGUGGCAAAUUUUAUGGACAAAAACAUCAUUUGAUGCAGCACAUAGAUACAGUUCAUUUGAAACUUGAAGAACAUAAGUGCAAAGAAUGUGGGAAGGUUUUUAGUAGUAAAAGUAGUUUGAAAAAGCACAUUGCAACAGUACAUGAAAAAAUUAAAAAUCACCAAUGCGAGGAGUGUGGCAAGCUUUUUCAACAUAUGGCCAAUUUGAUGCGGCACAUAGAUACAAUUCAUUUGAAACUCAAAGAAUACACAUGCGAAGUAUGUGCAAGAGCUUUUAGUCAAAAUUCACAUUUGAAUAGGCACAUGAACACAAUUCAUCGGGAAAUCAAAGACCAGAAAUGCCAAGAGUGUGGUAAACUAUUCGGACAGAAAAAUCAUCUCUUGACACACGUAGAUUUAGAUCAUUCAAAACUCACAGAACACAAGUGCGAAAAGUGUGUCAAGUUUUUUGCAUGCAAAAGAAAUUUGAUGCAGCACAUAGAUACCGUUCAUUUGAAACUCAAACAACAUAUGUGCGAAGAAUGUGAAAAGUAUUUUGGACAAAAGAGUCAUCUAAUAAGGCACAUAGAUACCGUUCAUUUAAAACUCAAACAGCAUAUGUGCGAAGAAUGUGGGAAGUAUUUUGGGCUAAAAGAAAAUCUAAUAACACACAUAGAUCUAGUUCAUCUGAAUCUUAAAGAACACAAGUGCGAAGAAUGUGAAAAGUCUUUUGGACAAAAGAGUCAUCUAAUAAGGCACAUAGAUCUAGUUCAUCUGAAACUUAAAGAUUGCAAGUGCAAAGAAUGUGAAAAGUCUUUUGGUAAUAAAAAUGACUUGCAUAGACACAUUGCCACAGUUCAUGAAAAAAUCAAAGAUUAA